AUGACGCAACCGCCUCCUCAGGCUAAGAGCCUCUGGGCACGGUCCCUGUACUGGACAAUCUCUGUACUCGCAUUCUCAAUAUUUUACAGAGCCUAUGUGCACAAUGUCCUCUUCGUCACGCUGGGUCUGGGACGCCAAGUCCAGCCCCUUGAAGAUUUCCCAUGGAAAUGCACCCGGCAGUAUGACCCUCUGCUGCAGGGCUGCGAGGAUAUGUGGCUGGACCACAACGACCGAAAACUGUACGCCGCGUGCUCGACUAUCGAAUCUCGUCAAGGGUGGACCCCCGGUGGAAACAAGUACGAUCUCUCGGCGCGCAGUCUCAGCGAUCAUAUCGCGGUAUUGGAUAUUGAUAACGUUGAUCCCGAAUCUGGCCUUUCAGUUCCACGUCAGUUGAAGAUCGGAGGCUAUGAGGGUGCAUUGGAUCUUCAUGGGUUUGACGUGCGUCAUAUUGGAUCUACGGUGCGGUUCUGGUUGAUCAAUCAUAAACCUGCGGUCGACGCAGCUACAGGACAACCUUUGGACGCCUGGACUCACGGGGCGAAUUCCACAGUGGAAAUAUUCGAUUUGAACAAAAUCACCGAUACAUUGGAGCACGUUCGCACUGUCUACAGUGAUGCUAUAAUCUCGCCAAAUAACCUCGCUGUUGAUGCUGAUGGUGUGGGAUUUGUGAUCACAAAUGACCACAAGGGCAAGACUGGACGCUUUCGCGAUCUGGAAAUGCUAUAUGGCACUGGAAGCCUUACCUAUUGCCGAUCUGAUACUGGGGAGUGCAAUGUUGCUGCGAAAAGUGGUUUCCGCAUGCCCAAUGGAAUUGCCAAGGGUCGGGACGGCCUCUACUACGUCGCCCACUCUGUAACAGGCCAUGUCACCGUUCACAAACUCGAAGGUGAUCAGUUGAAGCAAGUGGAUACUAUCCAGAUGGGAUAUCCCGUGGAUAACAUCUCAUUUGAUGAAGAUGGAAGCCUGAUUGCUGCUGCUAUACCGGAUUCUUUCCAGUUUAUGAAGUCUGCAGAUCACCCACAUGAUAUUGACGCCCCGGCCACUGUCUUAGCUACCCCCAUCAAAGGGAAAGAUGGAGAGUGGAAGGUCUUGAAGAUUGUGGAGGAUGCAUUGGCCAUAAAGCUACCUUCCUCAACAGUUGCCGUCCAAGAUACACGAACAAGUCGUUUGUUUUUGGGAGGAGUGUUCGCUCCGUUUAUUACCGUCUGUGAGAAACAGGAGCCUGUGUCUCCGGACGAGCAUAGUAGAUAA